AAGGUUUCUUAGUAACCGUAUUGCCAGGCUUCUCUCAAGCAGGUGACCCCGUGACUCGGACUCCAGCUGAAGAUGAAUGCUGCUGUGUUCGCCUGCUUCCUCCUCUUGCUGCUCUGCGGCUCGGCAGCACCGACUUGCAUAGCCACCGAUUACACUUUGUACGUGGAGAAGCCCGAGUGUGACUUCUGCGUGGCCAUCAACACCACCGUCUGCAUGGGAUUUUGCUACUCCAGGGACAGCAACAUCAGGGACACAUUUGGCUCACGCUUCCUGAUCCAGACAGGCUGCACCUACGACAGGGUGGAGUACCGUACGGCCCAGUUGCCCGGAUGCCCCGGAGCAGCCAGCGCCGCCUUCACCUACCCGGUAGCCCUCAGCUGCCACUGCGGAGCCUGCCGGACUGACACCAACGAUUGUGCCCACAGGGCGGACGCAGGUGGCCCUGCGUGCACCAAACCGGUCCGACGCCUGUAUCCAUACCCUGGUGACUACAUGCUCUCAUUUUGAAGCUACUUUAUGUUUUUCCACUGUCUUUUUUGCCAUUGCAUCCUUCCUGCUAUGCUAUGACUGUCUCAGCGAAGGCAUGUGAGCCUCAUGUUUGUCUGAGUCACUGACCUCGUUCAUCCCCUAUGUAUACAAAUGUGUUUGUUUGACUCCCAGGCUGAUUAUGUCCUCUUGAUUAAAGCCUCUAAAUAGCCUCC